GCGGUUGUCCAGCCGCUGGAGUUCGGAAGUCGGGAUGGGACUGGGCUCAGCUUAAACCUCUGGCCCGUGGUGAGCCCGGCGCCUGCCGGUGCUGCUGUGGCCCGGGAGAGCGGGGAGCGGCUUCCGGGACAGCGCGGGUGAGCCCUGGCGGGGUGCGCCUCUCGUGCCCGCGUCGCCCCGCCUCUAGGAGAGGACCCGCCCCCGCCCUCCUGCCUGGGACCUGGCGGGCGCUUCUGCCAGGCUGCCCCGCCGCCCUGCAUCCGGUCUCGAACAGCUGCGAGGAGUGGCUGUGCGGCCUUGGGGCCAGCUCUCUCCGCGUCGCUUACAGCCCCCGCCAGUGUCUUCGUGACCCACUCCCAGGCUGUCCGAACGCUGACGUGGAGCAACCCGUCCUGAACCCUUAUGGAGAAGUUUGGGAUGAAUUUCGGGGGCGGCCCAAGCAAGAAGGACCUGCUGGAGACCAUUGAGACUCAGAAGAAGCAGCUGCUCCAGUACCAGGCACGUCUCAAGGAUGUAGUCCGUGCCUAUAAAAGUCUGCUGAAAGAGAAAGAGGCGCUGGAGGCCAGCAUUAAGGUGCUGUCGGUAUCCCACGAGGCGGAUGUGGGCCUCGCAGGUGUCCAGCCUCAAGGCCUCACCUUUCCUGACUCUGUGGAUGACCGAUGCUCCACUCACAGCGAGGAUAGCACUGGGACCGCCACCAGCUUGGAUACUGCGGCCAGUCUCACCAGCACCAAGGGUGAGUUUGUGGGAGAAGAUGACAGACUGGCCCGUGGACCACCACCUCCAAAGUCCGAAGAGGCCAGCGGGUCGGAGAGCGGCGUUAGCAGUAGUAGUGGGGAUGGACCGUCUGGGGUUGGGGAGGUGGACAAACGACUGCAUCAGCUGAAGACUCAGUUGGCUACUUUGACCAGCUCUCUGGCUACAGUCACCCAGGAGAAGUCCCGCAUGGAAGCAUCUUACUUGGCUGACAAAAAGAAGAUGAAACAGGACUUAGAGGAUGCCAGUAAAAAGGCAGAGGAGGAGAGGGGCCGGCUGGAGGGAGAACUGAAGGGGCUGCAGGAGCAGAUAGCAGAAACCAAAGCCCGACUUAUCACGCAGCAGCACGAUCGGGCCCAAGAGCAGAGUGACCAUGCCUUGAUGCUGCGUGAGCUUCAGAAGCUGCUGCAGGAGGAGAGGACCCAGCGCCAGGACUUGGAGCUUCGAUUGGAAGAGACCCGAGAAGCUCUGGCUGGGCGGGCCUAUGCAGCUGGUCAGAUGGAAGGGUUUGAACUGCAGACCAAGCAGCUGACCCGUGAGGUGGAGGAGCUGAAAGGUGAGCUGCAGGCUCUCCGAGAUGAGAAGAAUCGGCCCGACCCCAGGCUGCAGGAGCUUCAGGAAGAGGCCGCCUGCCUUAAGAGCCAUUUCCAGGUUCAGUUGCAGCAGGAAAUGAGGAAGACAGCCCUCGCCGAGGAUCAGCUGCGCCAGCAGUCGAAGUUGGAAGAGCAGAGGGUGGCGGCCCUGGAGAAUCAAAUAUCCGAGGUAUCGGAACUGCUGGGCACCUAUGAGAAAGCCAAGCAGAAGGACCAGCUGGCCAUCCAGAAGCUGAAGGAGCGCAUUCUGCAGCUGGACCUGGAGAACAAGACGCUGGCGCUAGCUGCCUCCAGCCGGUCCCCUCUGGACAGCCAUGGAGAGGAGUCCAGUCUGGAUGUCAACGUCCUGAAGGACAAGAUGGAGAAGCUGAAGAGGCUGCUGCAGGUUGCGGCCAGGAAGAGCCAGGUGACCUUGGACGUGGAGAAGCUCUGCGACCUGGAGAUAAUGCCCAGCUCCGAGGCUGCCGAUGGGGAGAAGGCCACCGCGCUUUACUACCAGCAGGAGCUGAAACAGCUGAAGGAGGAGUUUGAGAGGUACAAGAUGCGGGCCCAGGUCGUGCUCAAGAGCAAGAACGUCAAAGACGGGAACCUGGGCAAGGAGCUGGAGGAAGCCCGGGAGCAGCUGGCGGAGCUGAAGGAGAAGUACAUCUCGCUGCGGCUGUCCUGCGAGGAGCUUGAGCGCCAGCACCAGCAGGAGGCUGAGGGCUGGAGGCAGGAGCUGGCCCGGCUGCAGCAUGUCCACCGGCAGGAGCUGGAGCGGAGCCAGCUGGACUUCAGGGACCGCACGCUGAAGCUGGAGGAGGAGCUGCACAAGCAGCGGGACCGGGCCCUGGCUGUGCUGGCCGAGAAGGACCUGGAGCUGGAGCAGCUGCGGUCCGUGGCCUUGUCCUCAGGGCUGCCGGGACGCAGAAGCCCCGUGGGUGGCGUGGGCCCCGGGGACCUGGCCGAUACAUUGGCCCCCGACAGCCUGACCCAAGCCCUGCAGCUAGCUGCGGCCAACGAGCCCACUUUCUUCCUGUACGCCGAGCAGUUGGCCCGCAAGGAGGUGGAGAUCACGUCGCUGAGGAAGCAGAAGCACAGGUUGGAGGUGGAGGUGCAUCAGCUGCAGGACCGGCUGCUGGAGGAGGGGGAGCGGCAUCGGGAGGAGGUGGGGGCCCUGCAGAACCACAUUGCAAAGAACAUCAGGGACCAGAGUCGGGAGGGAGCCAACCUGGAGUACCUCAAGAACAUCAUCUACCGCUUCCUGACCUUGCCGGACACCCUGGGCCGCCAGCAGACGCUCACCGCCAUCCUGACCAUCUUGCACUUCAGUCCAGAGGAGAAGCAAGUGAUCUUGCGGCUCCCAGCUGGCGGUAGCUGGUGGCCUUCUGGCAAGAGAUGAUGCCGUUUUCACUAACUCCUCAAAUUUCUGUGCCUCUUCUAUGGGAAAGGGACGGGCUCUGGUUUCUCCUGCCUCUUCUCUUACAUUAUCAUUUGUUUCUUCACUGUGUUGACCUGGGAGGAAUCCUCAGCGUGGGAUGGGAUUUUCUGCCAAAUGCCAUUAAUGCCGUUUUAUCUUUGGGCCCUAGAGAUACUGAAAGUGUUGCAGUGGCAUCUUCUAGUGGUGUGUGGGUGAGGGGAGGAAGGGGGAGAGGUUAGGACUGAGAGGUGUAAAAGCUGGGGAAGUCUUUUAAAAUAAGGUUUUUUCGGUUUUAAUAUCAUACUCCUAGUGCAGAGCUAGGAGUACAUAUGACUCCAAGGGGAGUUCAGUUAAUUUCUAAACAGGCACAAGGACCAGCUGUUUACUCCAUCUCAUCACCAUCUUGAGUCUGGUCCACUGCUGCCCCAAUUCUCUGGGGACAUAGAUCCAGGGUGGAGAGGGACCUGGAAGUUUGAAAUAGUGACAGAUUGCCCCCUAGUCCAAAGGGCCAAGGAAUAAUGAACUUGGAAAGUUCUUCCUGGAACUGGGACGCUUGGAAUACUUAGUCUGGGUACGACCUAGUCGAUCUGGACAAAACACACCACCUGUGACCAUCCUAGAGAGAGCCCUGAGCACCAGUUGAAGCUUAGGGCUUUCCUGAGUGAUCUGCUUUUGGCCCGGAUAGGGUUCUAGACCUUUCACGCUUGUGCCUGCCUUAAGUUGUCUGCCCAUGAUUGGCCUGAGAUUGUGAGUGAAUGACUUUGCUAUCUUUCCCUCAGUGUUGAACUUCCACUAAAAAAAAUUCUACCUUCUUGCAGAGAGGGGUCUGAUCAGGAAGCCCUGAUCCUGCCUGGAUACAAGGAAUUUGCGCGGAGAUUUACAACACCGCCCCCUGCCCCCCAAGCUGUUUCUGCCUUUGUAGGGACAGGGAAGAAAAAGAAGAUCUGCUGCAGAGGAUUCCAGAGGGAUGCCAUGACCCUCACAGGAAAGUGGUGGAAAUGCAGCCGAGGCCAGGCCAGGGUGCUUGCCGCUCCGUGGAUAGCACUCUGGCUACGUCUCCACGUCCCUGCAGCCAGGGUGUCAUGCGCUACUGUCACCAGGGUACUUUGCUCACUCACUUAGGGAGGUAAUAGAGUUUCAGUCCGUAAUUCUCAUCUUCUCCACACAUGUUACCGCUAAAGGAGGGGCUCAGAGAAGUUGGGUUCAAACAGUGUCAAUUCUCUAUUCUUUGCUUUCCCCCAUCUCUCUUGCUGUUUGUAGAGAUCUUUGGAUCCUAAAGACCAGUGCUUUGCCUCUGACUGGACUAACCUGUAUCUUUCUGUUAUUUCAUCAUAGUGAUCUGUUUUGGGAGGAUUUGGGGGUGUAGAAGACGGCAGUUAAAUGUUCUGAUUGGGAGGCUGGGUGACCUGGGCUAUCUAAGCAGUAAGCAGGUUUAAUGGAACAGAAUCGAUGUGUUCAAAUGGUAAUAACAAUAACCACAGAAUCAUUAAAUCUGACCAACUUGACCUUUGUGCUUCCUUAAUGGUACACACACACACACACACACACACAUUUAUCUGGAAACAAGUAGAGUGUGAAUGUAAAUGGUAAACGAAAAGGAUGUAAGGAAUAUUUCAUCAUAUUAAUCCAUGAGGUUGAAUCUAGGGAGGGAGAAAUACUUCAGUGCUUUAACUGGCUCGGUUACAACCCAAGUUUUUUAGCCUGGAAUGGUGUGUAUGUGCUUGUGUAUAGGCAACUACACAGGAAAAAGCCUUCUCAUGGGUUUAGUGGGCGGGCUUGAAACUUCCAUAAUUACUGCUUUAAACUUUGGAAAUAAUCUGCUUAUGAAUGCUUUAUUAUACUUCAAACCAGGAUUCAUGGUAUCCUGGAAAAGUCUCUCAGGGUAUCAAGCUAAACAAAUGAUGAUGAUGACAGUCUCUUAGUUUUCUUACCUGAUCCCCUUAAAUGUAGGCUAAGUUAUGAUUGUUGUUAUUUCUGGGUGAUUUUGGACAGAAUAGAGAGAUUCAUAGUCACAGCUGCUCUCGUAGGACCAAUAAUUCUAUGCUUUUGACUUUUUAAAAAAAAUUUUAUUUAUUUGGUUGUGCCAGGUCUUAGUUAUGGCAGGGGGGCUUCUUAGUUGCAGCUUUCUGGCUCCUUAGUUGCGGCAUGCGAACUCUUAGUUGUGGCAUGCAUGUGGGAUCUAGUUCCUUGACCAGGGAUCAGACCCAGGCCCUCUGCAUUGGGAGUGUGAGUCUUAACCACUGUGCCACCAGGGAAGUCCCGCUUUUGACUUUUGAGGAGAGAUUAAAUGAGCAAAGAAGCAAGUCAGUUUCUGAUUAAUAAUCUUAAGUAUUGAUAUGCUUAAGGCUGUGAAUGCUUCCAACUGGAAGGAAAAGACUUGGUCCCUUCCUACCCUUAAGGACACAGGUUCCUUUUCUUCUCACCCCUUUCCCCCAAAUAAGUUUUCCAGUUAUUUGACUCGCUUGCCUGUGCUAGAUACCCUAAGAAAGUAAAGGGAGAGAGAGAAAAAGAAUUUAGAUCAGACACAGAGGAAAAAUAAAUUUUCCUUGGGCCCUGGUGCCAGAAUAUCAAACAGUGCAUGGGGUGUGUUGAUAAGGUAAUGAACCAUACUUGUUUAUUACCACGCAAAUCAGGAAAAUCGCUGAGAAGAAGAAGAAGAGAUGGAGGGAGAAAAGGAUGAGAAAGCAAGUUGAUAACUCUGUGAGCUUUCUGCAUCCCCCCCCCCAUCCUAUUGGGCCCCUCAGAUCAGGGAUGUAAAUAUGGGAUAUAUAAUCAUGCCCUAGAUGUUGCAAGUUCCAUUGUUAUCCAGAGCUCUGAGGCUUUUGGCUUUGUCUUGUGAAGCUGCUACUACAGAUUUCUUUUUGGGAACUUAUCGAGGGUGCCAGCACCAUGUUGAGCUAUUUAUAUCUCUUGUAUCAUUUACUCCUCACAGGUGUUAUUAUCCCCCAUUUCACAGGCGAGGAAACAAAGACCAAAAGGUUAGAUUUGCCCACAAUCAUGUAACUAGUAGAUGUCUGAACCAGUUCUGAUUAACCCCAAAGCCUGCUUAAUUUGGGUGUGUGCCUGUCUUCUUAGGACUUGGGAGGGUCAAGACUUGUCUCCAUAGAUGAUAACUAAGGAUGGAGAGACUGAUCUCUCGGCUGAACUGGGCUGGUUCAAAUGGAGAGAAAGUCUCCAGCUGUAAGUUGCAGCCAAAAUUGCUACACUACUAAGCAGGCAACACUGGUUUCUCAUAAGAGCCCUAAAUGUCCUCUGUCCCCCAGGUUCUAGAUAACUGCUAAUGUUGUAUUACUGUCUGGUGUACAGCAAAGUGAUUCUCCUAUAUAUAUUCUUUUUCAGAUUCUUUUCCAUUAUGGUUUAUUACAAGGUAUUGAAUCUCUUGAAUAUAUUUCCCUGUGCUAUACAGUAGGACCUUGUUUAUUUUAUGUAUAGUAGUUUGUUGCUGCUAAUCCCAAACUGCUAAUUUAUCCCUCCCGCCCUUCCCCUUUGGUAAUAAGUUUGUUUUCUAUGUCUGUGAGUCUGUUUCUAUUUUGUAAAUAAGUUCAUUUGUAUCAUUUUUUAGAUUUUACUUAUAAGUGAUACCAUAUUUGUUUUUCUCUGUCUGACUCACUUCACUUAGUAUGAUAAUCUCUAGGUUUAUCCAUGUUGCCACAAAUGGCAUUAUUUCAUUCUUUUUUUAUGGCUGAAUAGUAUUCCAGUGGG